AUGCAGGUGAUGUUGAAGCCAUCGAGUGAUGAGCCAUUAUACGGAGGAUCCGAAGGGUUUCUUGAUCUAUCCGAAUUGGACUUCCGACUACCACUUCUUGUUUAUGUAUCUCGUGAGAAGCGGCCUGGUUAUGAUCAUAACAAGAAGGCCGGAGCCAUGAACGCACUAGUCAGAGCUUCUGCGAUUAUGUAUGUGCUUCAUGAUGGACCGCGGAGGCGACCGGCUUUGCUACGUUCAGUUCCCGCAGCGGUUCGAAGAACCGGUUGUCUCUUCCGGAGAAUCGAGAAUCGCGCUUUACGGAUUCGACCCGCCUCGGUCCAAAGAACAUUCCUCUGGUUGCUUGCAGCUGCUGCUUCCCUCAAGUUCGGUAACUCGACGUUCCUCAUUGAGUCGAUACCCGUCGCCGAGUUCCAAGGCCGGCCUCUCGCGGACCGCCCAUCGAUUAAAAAUGGUCGUCAGCCCGGCGCGCUCACCAUUCCUCGAGAGCUUCUACACGCGACGACCGUAGCGGAAGCCAUCGUUGUGAUCUCUUGCUGGUACGAGGAUAAAACAGAGUGGGGUCGCGUAUCGGGUGGAUUGACGGGUCGGUCACGGAAGACGUUGUGA